AUGGCCGACGUCAAGGACCCCAAGAUCGCCGAGGGACGACACGACCUGGCUGCUCCUGAACUACGAGCUGACGUGCAGUCUGACAAGUCGGACAAGCUCGUCCUCUCCGAGACUGGAACGGGCGACCUCGCCGAGUUUGCGUCUAAGCUUGACCCAACCAAGGCGUCGUUCGGUUUUGUUCGUGUGACUUACAGCAACGAUGACCACUCGCAGCGGGUCAAGUUUGCGUUUGUCACGUGGAUCGGCGAGCAGGUCAAGGUCAUGCGCCGCGCCAAGGUCUCGGUGCACUCGUCCGACGUCAAGAAUGUCAUCCGCUCUUACUCGAUCGAGGUCUCGGCUGAGAGCACUGACGAUCUGAAGGAGGACGACAUUGUGCAGCGCAUGCGCAAGGCUGGCGGUGCCAACUACGACCGCUCCAAGUUCGACUAA